UUCUCCUUGACCUCCGCUUCAGAGGAGCGUUCACGUUGUUUACUUAUGAUCUUCGCGGACUCCCCUCUCUCCUGCCUUGCCUCCUUUAGUCAGGGUCAAGAUUUAACUAACCUUGAACACCCGUGCACGUUCGUUUCUUUAACGACGGUGGGGCGGUAGAGGUGUCCGAGAGCUGCUGCGGCUGCUGUUUGGCUGGGAGUGUAUUUGUGAAGGGCCAGGUGCAUGAGCAACAAUGUCCGAAGGGGACAGUAUUGGAGAAUCUGUUCAUGGCAAACCUUCAGUGGUCUUUAGAUUUUUCACAAGACUUGGACAGAUCUACCAAUCCUGGCUAGACAAAUCUACUCCAUAUACAGCAGUACGAUGGGUUGUAACUCUGGCUCUGAGUUUUAUCUACAUGAUUAGAGUUUAUCUACUACAGGGUUGGUACAUUGUGACAUAUGCCUUGGGAAUCUACCACCUAAAUCUCUUCAUAGCUUUCUUGUCGCCAAAGGUAGAUCCCUCUCUAAUGGAAGACUCAGAUGAUGGUCCUUCAUUACCCACAAAACAAAAUGAGGAAUUUCGACCCUUCAUUAGAAGGCUGCCAGAGUUUAAAUUCUGGCAUUCUGCUACAAAAGGCAUCCUUGUUGCAAUGGUAUGUACAUUCUUUGAGGCUUUCAACGUUCCGGUAUUCUGGCCAAUCCUUGUGAUGUACUUCAUUAUGCUAUUCUGUAUCACUAUGAAGAGACAAAUCAAGCAUAUGGUAAAGUACAGGUAUAUACCCUUCACACACGGCAAGAGGAAAUACAAAGGGAAGGAAGACAUGGGAAAGACCUUCGCUAGCUAGAAGUUGAAUUGAGCCUGUUGACUGACUCUGCAUAUAACUACAAGAACGGUUUUGAGCCAUUGUAACAAUGCCUUUUUUCUUCAUAUAAAGUAAUUAAGAGGGUGGUGACAAAGCAGUUGAAUUUUCAUUUUAAGAGGAUGUUUCUAUUUUUUGUCUGAAAUAUCAGUUUCUUGAAGAAACUGGCAUUCUAACCAAAUUGCAUUGGGUUAAUUUAUCUUUGAUAACAAGUUGGAGAAUCUUUGGUAUCCCACUGAUUUGGGAUCGUGUUGCUUUCAAGGUCCACUGCAAUCAUUGUGGCAUUGGGGAGGCUAAUGGCUACAAUUAGGUUUUUUUACAUAGUGUUCCUGCCCAGUAUGACCGUGAAGUGCUGUGCACAUAUGUGGAGGAAAAUAGUAAGGUGGCACACGUGAUGCUGUUGUCUGCUUCAUAAUUGUGUGCUAAGUUCAUACACAGGUCUGAUAGGCCUUAAUAUAUGCAGAAUUUCAGCCGACAAGGUACAUGCAUGGUAGCACUGGAGUGUAACCAAGUUAGUAAAGAGUAGACAGGGUUUUUUAAAAAAAAGAUCCUAAAUUCUGGUUUUUGCAGAGGGGAAAUAAAGAUUAAUAUAGCUCAUAAGGAAACUCAUUUGUGUUAGGUUUUAAUGCCAGUUUCGCCAUUGCAUCUCAUGGCAGAUGCUGAAAUUGGGCUCAUUCAUAAUGACUCAAAACUUUGUUCUUAAACUAUCAUGAUUUCUUUUGAGGGCCUGGAAUUUAUAAAUAUAUAUAUUUUAAUUGUUAUUAGUUGGAGAAUAUUUUGACUUGUUUCUUUGAUACUUAAGGUUUUUUUGAUUAACUUAAGUUUGCUUCAUGCAGCCCCUUGAGAACACACCCAAACUGGCCAUAGCAGACAAACGUUGUGGAUUUUAACAGCUUUUCAUUUUCUAUGAAAAAUAUAGAAAUAAAUGACCUGCAUGUAAACUUUUUGAUGUGAUACAACUACAAACAAUUUUAUUAAGUGACUUUUUAAUUCCAAACUUUAUUAAAAGACAGUUGUCCCCCUUU